AGCCACAAGGGCCAUAUCAGGUGAGAUGGGAUGAAUCGCUUGCUUGCAAGAAACAUGCAUGGCUAGCUAGCGAUCGAUCAGUGUAUAUAUAUAAAGGUGUCCAUUUGUUUCCGGCAGUCCCAUGAUGGACAAGAAGCGGUGCUGAUUAAUCCGUCGCCAUGGAUUCAGAGCUCUCGAUAGCGUUCUUCUUGUUGAUAGUUUUUGCAGCGUGUUGUUGCUCUUCUUCGGGUACCCACCAUGACCCCUCGGUCGUUGGGUACUCGCAGGAGGACAUCGCGCUGCCGAGCGGGAUUCAUGAUCUCUUCAGCUCGUGGUCGGUGAAGCACAGCAAGGUCUACGUGACCCCGAAGGAGAAGGUGCGGAGGUACGAGGUGUUCCGGCAGAACCUGAAGCACAUCGUGGAGACCAACAGGAGGAACGGGAGCUACUGGCUGGGCCUGAACCAGUUCGCCGACGUCGCCCACGACGAGUUCAAGGCCGGCUACCUUGGGCUGAGCACAGGCGGGCGGCCGCACGCUCCGACGACGGCGUUCCGGUACGAGGCCGCCGUGGACCUGCCCUGGGAGGUGGACUGGAGGAAGAAGGGGGCCGUGACGCCGGUCAAGAACCAGGGAAAAUGCGGAAGCUGCUGGGCCUUCUCGACUGUGGCGGCGGUGGAAGGGAUAAACCAGAUCGUGACGGGCAGGCUGGAGUCGCUGUCGGAGCAGGAGCUGAUGGACUGCGACAGCACCUUCGAUCACGGCUGCGGAGGGGGCCUCAUGGACUUCGCCUACGCCUACAUAGUGGGCAACCAGGGGAUCCACACCGACGGCGACUACCCCUACCUCAUGGAGGAGGGCGACUGCAAGGAGAAGCAGCCCCACUCCAAGGUCGUCACCAUCAGCGGCUACGAGGACGUGCCGGAGAACAGCGAGGUGAGCCUGCUGAAGGCGCUGGCGCACCAGCCCGUCAGCGUGGGCAUCGCUGUGGGGAGCAGAGACUUCCAGUUCUACAAAGGGGGGGUGUUUGAAGGAACGUGUGGCACUCAGCUGGACCAUGCGCUGACGGCCGUCGGAUACGGCUCAUCCAACGGCCAGGACUACAUCAUCAUGAAGAACUCGUGGGGCGGGGGCUGGGGCGAGCAAGGGUAUAUCAGGAUCAAGAGGGGCACUGGGAGGCCCGAGGGCGUCUGCGACAUCUACAAGAUUGCCUCUUACCCUAUCAAGAACAACAGAACGGGUUGGGGGUGGGGGGCCUGAUUUUGUCGACGGCAUAAAUGUCACUGAAACUCAUUGUUCGUUCAUUGCAAGUGCUAGCACGUGGAUGCAACAUCGCCUUUCUUUUUGUUGAACACGAAGCAACAGCAGUCAAACAAGUUAGGCGGUCUGUAAAAUAUUUGGCUCCGGUGAGAAAAUCUGGUUGUUCGACGGCAAUUCAGUUCA